CCAAUGGGGGCGCGAGGGGGGGCGGCCGCUGGCGUUUGAAUUCGGCGGCCGGGCUGGGCGGCGGUUGGCUCGGAUGCGGCGCUGAGGAUGAAGAGUGAGGCCUGGGGGGUGGCCCUUCGCUAGUAUCUGAGCGUUGUGAGGCCUGUAAUUCAGAUGCGGCCCUGAACCUUCCUGCAGGAGGAGAGAGCUGUCUGCUGCUGCGAAAGAUUUAGCUGCUUGGUCUGAAGGAGCCCUGGAGGCAAAGAAGGAAGAGCAUGUCUGCUGCUAAAGAAGAUGAUGUCUGUAGCCACAUGAAAGUGGUUGUUCGUGUCCGUCCAGAAACUCAAAAAGAAAAAGAUGGCAACUUUGCUAAAGUUGUUCAUGUUAUUGACCAGCAUAUAUUGGUCUUUGAUCCGAAAGAAGAAGAAUUUAGCUUUUUUCAUGGAAAGAAACUGACCCACAGGGAUAUUAAUAAAAGAACGAAGAAAGACCUUAAAUUUGUUUUUGAUGCUGUUUUUGCUGAAACUUCAACUCAGUUGGAAGUUUUUGAGCAUACAACCAAAGGUGUACUUGAUGGCUUCUUAAAUGGAUAUAAUUGCACAGUGCUUGCAUAUGGUGCAACAGGAGCUGGGAAGACUCAUACAAUGUUAGGUUCCCCUGAAGAUCCUGGAGUGAUGUAUUUAACCAUGAUGGCACUUUAUAAUUGCAUGGAUCAAAUAAAAGAAGAAAAAAUAUGCAAUAUUGCUGUGUCUUAUUUAGAGGUGUACAAUGAGCAGAUCCGUGAUCUUCUGGUCAACUCAGGACCACUAGCUGUUCGGGAAGAUGCCCAGAAAGGGGUGGUGGUUCAAGGGCUAACAUUACAUCAGCCGAAAUCAGCAGAGGAAAUCCUUCAAAUGUUGGAUUAUGGAAAUAAAAAUAGAACACAACAUCCCACAGAUGUGAAUGCCUCCUCUUCUCGUUCCCAUGCAGUCUUCCAGAUUUACCUAAGACAACAAGACAAGAUAGCUAGCAUUAGUCAAAAUGUUCGAAUCGCCAAAAUGUCCCUCAUUGACCUCGCAGGAUCUGAACGUGCCAGUGCCACAAAUGCUAAGGGGGCUCGUUUUAGAGAAGGAGCAAAUAUUAACCGCUCCCUGCUAGCUCUUGGAAAUAUCAUUAAUGCCUUGGCAGAUCCAAAGAGCAAGAAACAGCACAUUCCUUAUCGAAACAGCAAGCUCACUCGUUUGUUGAAAGAUUCUCUUGGAGGAAAUUGCCGAACAAUAAUGAUAGCUGCUGUUAGUCCAUCUUUUAUGUUUUAUGAUGAUACAUAUAAUACUCUUAAAUAUGCAAACCGAGCAAAGGAUAUUAAGUCUUCUUUGAAGAGUAAUGUUGUUAGUUUGGACAGCCACAUAAGCCAAUAUGUUAAAAUUUGCAAUGAACAGAAGAAAGAGAUCAUGAUGUUGAAGGAGAAAUUGAGAACGUAUGAAGAAAAGAAAGCAAGCAUCCAUCAAAGCCAGGAUUCUUCUGUAGUUUCAAACCAUCAGCAAGUGGAAAUACAAAGAUACAAAGAAAUUCUUAAAAAUGUGUUUGCAAACCGUGAAGAAAUCAGAGAAGAAUAUCUAAAGCUGGAAACGCAGCUGAAAGUCAGUACACUGAAGGCCUAUUAUCAGAAACAGUAUCAUGAACAAAUUCAACUGAUAUGCUCUGAAGAAAGAAUAGAGAAGGCCACUUGCAAGCGGGAUCAUAUGCUUGCAAGGCUUAGAACCUACUGUGCACAUGUACAGAAGAAGAAAGAGGAGAAGAUGGAACGUUUUGAGGAAAAUACCAAUUGGCUGCAUCGCGUUGAAAAUGAAAUGCGCCUCCUGGAUCAAGGUGGCUGUAUUCCAAAGGAACUGCAUGAAGAUCUUCAGUGUUGCCAUUUAAACCUAGAAGUUAAGGACCUGAAAGCCCAGAUUGAGCACAUGUUAUCGCUAUUGUCCCUUCAAGAUCAGCACUAUAAGCAGAUGGAGAAAGUUCUAAAUGCUUUGCUUCCAGUUCUUCGCAAGCAGUAUCUGAUUUUGAAAGAAGCUGGGUUGACAAAUACUUCAACUGAGACUGAAUUUGGAGAGGUAGAACAGCUGAUUCAAAGACAAAAAUCAGUAGUUUGGGCUGACCAGACUGGAGAUGAGGAACAGAAGGAAAACCGUGAGCUAGAUGUGUCAGCUAUCUUUGCAUUCCCACAACUUGUGAACAAACAGAAGACCCCGUGCUGUUCAACUUCUGGCACACCAUCACAAGAAGUGAAGAGAAAUAUGCAACUAGUAGAAUUUGCAGUACCACCACAGAAACAAACUAGACGAAAGCUAAUGGAUUCUCCAGUCAAAACUCCAAGUUCUGCUGCAUCCAAGCACUUCAGCUUCUGUCAUUUGGAGGAUUCUCUAAGCAAGGAAGUUCAACCUAUUGUAUAUACACCAGAAUCUUGCAGAAAACCAAUACAAAGCAGCUGUUCACAGACUGUGGUAAAACAAGCAUUACACCUGGCAGGCCUUCCAGAAACAAAUCAAUGUAAUACAGGUAUUCAGCUGAGAAAGCCCACUAUUACAGACUCUGUGUGUGAUGUUAUCCUAGACUGUGAUGAAGAUAGAAUGGACUCAACAAUAAUUCUCAGUGAAGGAACAAGUGAAACAAAUGGAAUUUCUAUUGACUCAUCUGCAGAGGAGUCACAAUCAUGCAGCAGUAGCAUUCUUCAAAGACUUGGUAUUUCUUCCUUGAAAAACAAAAAUCCUGCUUCAGUACUUGAGAAGCCCUCGUAUAUGGCAAUGACUUCAGCUGCUGAGAGAAAACGAAAGGUAUUAAGUUCUACAUCAAAUGCUGGCUUAGGUAAUCUGCAAGACCCAAUUUCUCCAAAACGUGUUCGAAAAGAGAUGUUAAACAACAGAGUAUUGAGAGUACCCAAAAUGUCAGGAAUUAAAACAAAGAGCUUGAAGCGAGAACAGGAUGUGCCAAGAAACCUUGUUAGAAGCUUUUCUGAAGGAAAUGUAGCAGUGGGUGUUAAAGCACGGACAUCCAAAAGCCUAUUACUUCAUGUUUGCAAGAAAAAAAAUAGGAUUUAGAUUCUGACUUCAUAUUUCAAAUGGGGUUGAUGGAAAGCAAGUGAAAACAGUGACUUUUGUUUUCCUUCUGUAAAUUUUUUUGUUAAAGAUGUCUCUCUCAGUAAUGCAGUAUUUUAUAAGACCCAGUUACUGGAAAUGUGUAUUUUGUAAAAUUUUGAAAUAAAUUACAUUUGGUUUUCGUCUCCUAUUUGAAGCUUACAUCUGUUUUUCAAUAUAAUAGCAAAUUAAUAUGAACUAUUAUUUGAAGUUGUGAAUUUAGAACUGGAUGGUAUGCCUUACACUGUAUCUUUUGUGAGCUUCUCCCUGUAAGUAUGACUAGAAAUUAAGACUUGAUAAGAUGCAAGACUUGAAAGGGAAUUAGUGGUGCUGUAGUUUUUCAAGUUCCUCUAAUUGCUUACCUACACUCAGUUUUAUAGUGAUUUUAUGAUAGAGAAGUUAGAAAUUCUUUUGUCCUGCAAAAUAUUUUUCACUGAAAUUUUAUAGUAUUAAUACUGUGAAAUAUGUUUAGUGUACUUAUCUUCAGCAUUAGGAUGCCAGCUUGUUCUUAGAUAACAUCCUAAUUUUGGAUACUAUGUAGCAUACAUGGAGGAAGGAAAAAUACAGGAAGGAUUUUGGUUUUUUUAAUGUGUUAGGGCUAAAAUUUUAAACUGUUUUUACUCUUUUACUUGUAAAUUUUUG